AGUAAUAAAUCAAAUUUUAUUCAAUUCUUCUAGGAACAUACUCUUGCAACAAAUUUGGAAUGAAGCAUAAAGUUCAAUAACCACCACUUGAUCUUCUCCUCAAUCAUGUAACAAAAAAAAAAACCCUAGAAUUCCACCAACCGCAUCAUCUCACCCAUUCAUUUGUAGGGUACUGUUAGGACUAAAAUCCAGAGAGAGAGAGACAGAGCCAGUGCCCCCACGAUCUUUGUACGUAUGGCUCUGUCAUGAGUCACCACAUGCUGAAGUAGAUGGACGAAGCUUCGACGAAACCGGCUCGGGUUUGGCGCGGAUAUGCAAUCAGUGAGUGUGGGGGUGGUGGAUAAGUUCUGGAGCCGUCCGUACGUGAGGUGCGGUGGUGAACCACUUGAUAAGGACGGAUUCCUAUCUCGGUUUCUUGGAGUGAAGCUUUUUGGAAGGUUUCGGUCAUUGUACACGAAAUUGAUGGGUACAAGAACAAAAUCAGUGACGAACAUGAAACAGAAUAGGUGUAUUUAUGCCGAACAAGAAAAUUUACGUGUACGCUAUGCAAUGCAGAACCAUGGCUAAUGGAGAACGGCAACAUCAAGGGCCUGAGCAAGGAGACUAGGCAUGGCCGGACGGCGCACAACAUGUCGUCCUCAUCCCUGCGCAAAAAGUCUGAUUUGGCCCUGGUUUCCAAAGUCCCCUGCGGGCUUGUUAGACUGUUGCUGGCUAAUCUUCAGGAGGUCAUUUUAGGGACUAAGCUUUCCGUUCUUUUUCCGGCCAUUCCAGCAGCUAUUGUAGCGAAGUGUUAUGGAUUUGGAGAUCCGUGGGUUUUUGCUUUGAGCUUACUAGGACUCACCCCUCUAGCGGAACGUGUUAGCUUCCUGACAGAGCAAAUUGCUUACUACACAGGUCCCACAGUGGGAGGGCUUCUGAAUGCGACAUGCGGGAAUGCAACGGAGCUUAUAAUAGCGAUAUUUGCUCUGAUCCAAUACAAAGUGGAUGUGGUGAAGUACUCUCUGCUGGGUUCCAUCCUAUCAAACCUUCUCCUUGUCCUUGGCACCUCACUCUUUUGUGGUGGCAUUGCCAACCUUACAAAGGAACAAAAAUUUGACAGAAGACAAGGGGAUGUGAACUCGCUACUAUUGUUGAUGGCAUUGCUUUGCCACAUUCUGCCCUUGAUGUUCCGAUAUACAGGGAAUUCUGUUGCCAUGACGGCGAAACCAACCCUUCUGUUGUCGAGAGUUUGCAGCAUUAUCAUGCUAAUUGGCUACUUUGCUUACCUUGUCUUCCAGUUGUGGACACAUCGGCAAGUCUUCGAAACACAGGAGGAAGAAGAUGAUAGUGAUGAUCUGACAUCGCAAGAAGCACCAGUGAUAGGAUUCUGGAGUGGAUUUGCUUGGCUAGCUGCCAUGACUGCCAUCAUAGCUUUACUGUCUGAAUUUGUUGUGGGCACAAUCGAGAAUGCAUCUGAAUCCUGGGGCAUCUCAGUCAGCUUCAUCAGCAUAAUUUUGCUACCAAUUGUUGGAAAUGCAGCAGAACAUGCCGGGGCAGUCAUAUUUGCUUUCAAAAACAAAUUGGAUAUAUCGUUGGGAGUUGCUUUGGGAUCCGCAACUCAAAUUGCCGUGUUUGUGGUCCCGUUAUGCGUAGUUACCGCUUGGAUUUGUGGUAUUAAGAUGGAUCUGGACUUCAAUCUCCUUGAAACCGGCUCUCUUGCUCUGUCAAUUAUUGUAACAGCUUUCACUUUGCAGGAUGGAACUUCUCAUUACAUGAAAGGGUUUGUCCUCCUUCUAUGCUACAUUGUCAUUGGGGCAUGCUUCUUUGUUUCUCCAACACCAACAAUCAACCAAGCAAAUGUCCUCGAUUUGGGAGUUAAGUCAUCAACUGGGGGAAUCUUCAGAGCUUGAUAGCUAGGCUUUGGCCUUCUGAAGUCCCUGGCUAUACACAUGAGGAAUGCAGAUGCGCAACAGAUGGGAUGCAUUUGUUAUUCUUUGAUUUGGAUGGGGUUUUCUUGCCUAAAGAGUUAUUCGUUUUCGUUGGUUUAUAUAUAUAAGAGGUUGCACGCCUUCAGAGUCCGAGAUGGAUAUUGUUUGGAACAAUUUGAGCUUGUUUUUCGAGGAGUAGGCUCAAGAAAUUAAGAGAUCAUGUUAUAUCCAAGUUGGCUGUUUUUGGUGGCUAGUUUGUGUUUUCAAAAUUAGAAUAAGGUGGUACAAGAGUUGUUGCUUUUAUUUCAGGUGCAGUAGUCAAUGAAUGGCAAUUCUUGUUCAUGUCAA